CAAUGGCAGUCGACAUAUACUACAUCUCGCUCUGAGUUGAAAUUAGUGUUGUUUAAACUGAAACGGGUGAUGAACCUCUCAGAGGAGAACAGGACGGUCGUGGUCUCUGGUGUACCAGACACACUGUCCAGCAGCCGCAUGGCAGACAAACUGGUUAUUCACUUCCAGAGCUCCAGAAGCCACGGAGGAGAUGUAGAAAACAUCAAGUACCCGACCAGCUUCAAGGGGGUGGCUUUUGUUACAUUUGAAAACACCAGAGAUGCUGAAAUGGUAAUCAGAAAGAAGCAGAUAAUGUGUGACAAGGAGUUCCCUCAAGACUACCCUAUCACUGUCUUCAAAUUCACCCAAGACGUGUUGUUCUACGUGAACGCUAAAGUGGACCUGUCAAUCUUCGGUGACGAGGAACAGCAGGAGACCGUGAUCCAAAGCUUGCAGUCUGCUCACAGAUCAGUGAGGAUCUGCCUUCUACCCAGCCAGGAGGGUAACGCUUCAGUGGAGGGACCCUUCUCUGCCAUCAGGGACCUGAGAGAGGACCUGCUCCAGCAGGCCACUGCCAGCAGCAGUCACCCAGGGGAGAAGCACGGGGCUCCAUCGAGCUCUGGUUACUCCCUGACCUCAGUGGCAGCAGGGAAUGGGGUAUCCCAGGUCAGCAUCAGUCACCCAGGGGAGAAGCACAGGGCUCCAUCGAGCUCUGGUUACUCCCUGACCUCAGUGGCAGCAGGGAAUGGCGUAUCCCAGGUCAGCAGCAGUCAUGCCUGGGAAAAGCACAGAGCUCCAUCUCCAUCAAGCCAUGAUCAUUCCCUGAGCUCUGUGGUAGCAGAGAGUAGGUCUUCCAGGGUCAGAUCUGGGGAUGGUGCUGAGGUGGACUUCCGGGUCAGCCGUUACACCUGGGAGAAGAAGAACAGGGCAGCUCCAUCAAGCGCUGAUCAAUCUCUGUCAAGUUCUGUGGCAGGAGGGAGUGGGGCUUCUACAAUAAAUCAAUCCUUGGAAAAGCACUGCAGUGCAGCUCCAAGCGCUGAUCAAUCUCUGAGCUCCAUGGCAUCAGGGAGUGGGGAAUCCAAGGUCAUCAGCAGCAGUCACACAUUAGAGAAGUACAUCGCUCCAUCAAGCUCUGAUCAAUCUCUGAGCUCCAUGGCAUCAGGGAGUGGGGAAUCCAAGGUCCUCAGCAGCAGUCACACAUUAGAGAAGUACAUCACUCCAUCAAGCUCUGAUUCUCUGAGCUCCAUGGCAUCAGGGAGUGGGGAAUCCAAGGUCCUCGGCAGCAGUCACACAUUAGAGAAGUACAUCGCUCCAUCAAGCUCUGAUCAAUCUCUGAGCUCCAUGGCACCAGGGAGUGGGGAAUCCAAGGUCAUCAGCAGCAGUCACACAUUAGAGAAGUACAUCGCUCCAUCAAGCUCUGAUCAAUCUCUAAGCUCCAUGGCAUCAGGGAGUGGGGAAUCCAAGGUCCUCAGCAGCAGUCACACAUUAGAGAAGUACAUCACUCCAUCAAGCUCUGAUCAAUCUCUGAGCUCCAUGGCACCAGGGAGUGGGGAAUCCAAGGUCCUCAGCAGCAGUCACACAUUAGAGAAGUACAUCGCUCUGUCAAGCUCUGAUCAAUCUCUGAGCUCCAUGGCAUCAGGGAGUGGGGAAUCCAAGGUCCUCAGCAGCAGUCACACAUUAGAGAAGUACAUCGCUCCAUCAAGCUCUGAUUCUCUGAGCUCCAUGGCAUCAGGGAGUGGGGAAUCCAAGGUCCUCAGCAGCAGUCACACAUUAGAGAAGUACAUCACUCCAUCAAGCCAUGAUCAAUCUCUGUCAAGCCCAGUGGCAGCAGGAACUUCCAAGGUCAGCUCAGGUGGUGAUGUUGACAUGGAAGAGGAGUCCACGUGGGUGGACACAAACAUAUUUCUUUACAUUAAGAGAUUUUCUAAAGACCAGUUUGACCAAUGUUUUAGGAACCACGGUGUGUCAGCUGUGUUCGGUGACAAUGACGUGGCCGACCUGACUCUGAUAUCGCUGAGAGGGCGCCGCGACAGCAAGGGUCUCUCUGAAGUCCAACUGACCAUAUCAGAGCUGACUGAUUUGGUCGCUGUGUGGCAGUCAACCCUGAGAAUCCACACGAUAGACUACAGAAGGCAGGACCUGCGUGAGAGACAGAGGCUGCUGCAGAUCUGUGCCGAGGCGAGCACCCUUUAUGAAGACGUUCUGUACGUGCAGAAGGAGCUCGGUGUCCGGGUCAUCGGUCCCUCUGUUUCCAGUCAUCUCUUUACUGAGUGGGUGAAGGAUCGAAUGGAUCAACCGGAUAAAGAGGACUUCUUGUAGUGGUGGUCAGAAUGUGGAUCAUUUUACUGUUCUGCAAUAGCAGCUAGUGCACGAAGAGCUUUUUUUGCGCGGUAUAUAUUGAUAGCACUGUGAGAUGUUUUCAAGAGAUUUCUGUGACAACUAAAUAGAAUUGAGUUUGUGUUAUUUGCUGUGUCUCAACAAGGAUGCUGUUUUGUGUCAAGCUAGCCAUGAGGGCAUAACUAGUUAUAAUAGACUAGAAACUACAUGUUAAUGAGUCAACACUAGAGGUUGCUGUUGUACCGAAUAUACACAAUUUGUUCCAUUAAAUAAAUUAUUUCUGUGUCCUGAC